CCAAAAGUACCCUUAUAUCAUCUUGAAAAAUUGUCACCUUUAUGAAACGGAAAACCGAAAGAGUUCAUUCAAUUCUGAAUACUUUUUUAUUCCUUCAGAUAAAAGGCAUGAAGAAAUCCAAGCGAUCAAAGGUAUCACAACGCAAAGAUGGGGUAGAUUUGAUCAGUAACAUGCCAGAUGCUAUUCUUCUUUUGAUUCUUUCACGUCUUCCAUCCACAAAAGAAGCAAUCCGAAGCAGCAUUUUGUCGAGACGAUGGAGGAAUUUGUGGACUGCAAUUCCGUCUCUGGAUAUACGUUACAGAAAGAAAUUCAAAAAAACCAAAUUCAAAGAGUUUGUAUAUUGGGUUCUAGCAAACAAAACCGUAGAUCUGGAUAGGUUUCGUCUUUGUUGUGAUGAUUACUACAGUAUGUCAAGAGUCUGGCGGUGGACUCAUAUGGCAGUCAACAGAAACGUUAAACAACUUGACGUGUCCUUUUAUCCCAAGGACGAGACUAAAGCAAUCGAAUUUCCCCAUUGUCUGGUGACUUGUGGUUCGUUGGAGGUAUUAAGUUUCCAUGGAAGUUAUAUCAGCAGUCGUCUAAGUUUGCCGAGGUUUAAGGGGUUUCUGGCACUUAGGUUUCUUAAAUUGACCGAUGUUGACUUAUUAGACGACAGAGUUUUGGUAGAAGAUUUUCUCGAAAGCUGCCCAUCCCUUGAGGAUCUGUUUUUAUCUGACUGCGUGUUAUGCAAACUUGAUCUUCUUUGUAUUUCAUGUCCGAAGCUCAAGACGCUGAGUAUUGACUGUGAAGAUGAAGAUGGGCGCUGUUGUGACAUUAAGCUUUCUUGCCCAAAACUGGUGGAUUUGGAUUUAACAGGUCAUAUAAGGUGUAAUUCUUUCAAUGAACGUCUAGACUCCUUGAAGCAAGCUGUGAUUGAACCUAAAUUGGCGGGGAACACCAUAUCCGUGCUGUUUCCUGGAAUUUCUGGUGUGGAAUCUUUGUGGAUCGACCUUUGCUUCUUUAGUAAGUGCAUUGAUGCUGCACAUGAUCCUUCUCUACCUAAUCUGAAGAUAUUGUGGCUAACCACAACUAUGGAUGACUUCACAAUGGAGAACUUCAACCAAGUUCUCAAAUAUUAUCCCAAACUGAAGUGUUUCAAGAUGAACAUUGAAAAGGAUUUUCAUGGAAAAUACCAGUGGUUGGGUGAAGCUAAAACAAAGAGAAUCUUGAGUAGAGAUGUGAAAAGGGUCGAGUUUUUCAAAUUCAAUGGAGAACAACCGAAACUAGUUAUAGACUGGACUAUUGAUAUAUUGCUUUUGUUUUUCACUUGGGUCUUGGGGUGAUAUUGGAGUCAGGUUCCCUCUUUUGAAGAACUGAUUUCCUUGGAUGCUUUUUGGAUUUGGACUUUUGCUUCAUUUUCAUCUAUUAUAAACUAUAAAAAUACUUGUUUGGUUUUACAAUUUUGUUCAUAUUCUGAUGUAAUAGUUUUUACUUUAUUUAGGGCAUAUAGACAAAAGUGAGAUACUGAAAUAUAUAGUUUUUGGUCCUAACCGUUUACAAUCCAAGCAUUACUGCCGCCUUCCCCCAUCACUCUUAUACAUCCAUUGAACCACAUCUUUCCUACAAAACCUACAAGUGUAAAUACAAAUAUGAAACAUCGGUAUGUAUGAUAUGACAGAUAUGUAUGUAUGUAAAUGACAUGUAUGUAGAAUAGGUUUGUACAUUUAACAUAUAAUUAUUUAUGUAUGGGAUCUAUGUUGAUGUGUGAUA